AUGCGGACCAGACGUCAAUCGAGAGAGGUUGAAGGAAGGGCUUGUUUGUCGAGAGAGUUUAAAAAUGGAUUAGAAAUUCUGAAAUGCAAACAGCUCCAGCGUUUGAAGUUGUCUAUAGCCCCUAAAGGGGAAAAUGUCACUACUAUGGUGACUAGAAGUACAGCGGAUGCUUUGAAAACCUCCACAUCAUGUUGUACAAGAAUGCAAAGAAAUGCUGAUGAAUUUUCUCAUUUAGGUGCUCCUUUGAAGGAUGCUUUUUCGAAGCAUAAGGUAGAAAAUUUUGGCAUGUCAAAUUUUGACUGGAUUGAUGAUAUUCCGGAAUGUCCUGCGUUCUAUCCUACGAAGGAGGAGUUUGAGGAUCCCUUAAUUUAUCUCCAGAAGAUAGCUCCUGUAGCAUCUAAAUUCGGCAUAUGCAAGAUCAUUUCCCCAUUAAAUGCUUCUGUGCCUGCUGGUGUUGUGUUGAUGAAGGAAAAUGCUGGAUUUAAGUUCACUACUAGAGUACAACCUCUGCGCCUCGCUAAGUGGGAUGAAAAGGACAAAGUCACCUUUUCCAUGAGUGGAAUAAAUUAUACAUUCAGGGAGUUUGAGAAGAUGGCAAACAAUGUGUUUGCUCGACGUUAUUUUAGUGCUGGAGGCCUACCAGCGAAGUACUUGGAAGAGGACUUCUGGCAUGAAAUUGCUAAUGGCAAGACACAGUCUGUGGAGUAUGCAUGCGACAUAGAUGGUAGCGCCUUCUCAUCUUCUCCAAGCGACCAACUUGGAAAAAGCAAGUGGAACUUGAAGAGGUUCUCUCGACUUCCCAACUCUGUAUUGCGACUGCUGGGGGAAGCUAUCCCGGGUGUAACAGAUCCCAUGUUGUACAUUGGCAUGCUCUUUAGUAUGUUUGCUUGGCAUGUGGAAGAUCACUACCUGUAUAGCAUCAGCUACCACCAUUGUGGAGCAUCUAAAACUUGGUAUGGGGUUCCAGGUCAUGCUGCUUCUAACUUUGAAAAAGUGGUUCAGGAACAUGUAUAUGCUCGUGAGAUCUUAUCUACUAAUGGAGAUGUUGCAGUAUUUGACACACUUUUUGGAAAGACAACCAUGUUUCCACCCAAUAUAUUGUUAAAGCAUCAUGUUCCUGUUUAUAGAGCUGUACAGAGACCUGGAGAGUUUAUUAUAACCUUUCCUCGAGCAUAUCAUGCUGGUUUUAGUCAUGGCUUCAAUUGCGCGGAGGCAGUGAACUUUGCUGUUGGUGAUUGGUUUCCAUUUGGGUCUGUGGCUAGCCAGCGAUAUGCACUUCUUAACAGGACACCAUUACUUCCAUAUGAGGAGCUCCUAUGCAAGGAAGCAAUGCUUCUUUAUAAGAGAUCGUCCAAUCUUGAUGCCCCAAAUCCUGCUCCAUUAGUUAAAGAUUUUCCCUCUCAACACUGUGUCAAGGUUUCCUUUGUGCAAUUAAUGCGAACCCAGCACUUUGCUCACUGGUUGCUGAUGAAAUUAGGAGCUUGCAUACGCUAUUCUCCAGAUGUUCCUGGGACAGUACCCUGCAGUCUUUGCCAACGUGACUGCUAUGUAUCUUAUGUCAAGUGCAACUGUAAUUCACAGCCUAUCUGCAUUCAUCAUGAGAAAGAGAUAAAAAGCUGUUCUUGCGGUCACAAUCGUGUUGUCUUUUUGAGGAUGGACCUUUUGGAAUUGGAGACUGUAUCUCAGAAGUUUGAGCAGGAAGAUGGAAUAUUAGGAGAGUUUCAGAAACAACUAAAAGAUGACCAGUGUGUGCGACCAAACUUUUUCCUUUCUACUGAAGGAGAUGGAUAUGAGCCAUAUUGCAACAUAAAAUUCAAAGCAAGUAAUGUAAAUAAGGAACAACCAGAGAUCCAUUCACAAGGUUUAGAUUGUUCUUUACAAAGGGAAUGCCUCAAUUAUGAUGCAGUGGAUUCUAUGCCUUCCUCUGCAGUAUCAAACUUGUCAUCAUCUCAAGAAGUACUUCAUGGCUCCCUGCACAAUAAUGGAUGCACUAAUUCUAACAGAGAUAAGUUAGUCCCAACUAAGCGUUCCAGAGAUGUCUCACACAGUGCUUCUGGACCCAUCCAACUAAUUCCACCUCCCAAUAAAUGUAGAGCUGCCUAUCAGUCUGAUUCCAGUGUUACUUUAGUCCAUCAUGACAGUGAUGAUUCUGAUUCGGAAAUCUUCCGAGUCAAACGUAGGUCAACUGUGAGCUUAGUGAGGAAAACAGAAAGUGACGUGAUGAGCCCAAGACUUCCUGAAAAGCAGGUGUUUAAACAAUUGCGAAGGCACCAUUCAGAUGAAACAACUAUGCAUUUGCCAUCAUUAAACGAUAGGCGACCUCCACGGGAUGCAAAGCUGGUAAUGGAUGAUGAUGCCAUGAAAUUGAAACUGAAAGUGCAAAACAGAGAAGUUCACCAUUCUAACCUGGGUGACACCAUCAGGGAAUCAGCAUUAACAGAUUCUGGACCAAAAGUUCUCAAGGUUACAGGUAGUGUUGAGCCAGGCAGAUUCUCAGAAUGUGAAGGGUCUUAAAAGCAUGAGCCAGGCUGCUGCUAAACUAGAACUUCCAACUGUGUUCUAACUACAGAAAUUAGAAAAGCAUGGACUUAGGGUGGCCAAUCAGUUAACAGAGAUCUAGGGCUGAGAAAUCAGUAAUUGAUUCUUUGUGCAGAGGCCUCUAAUAGAGGUGCUGGCAAGACUGAAUUGUCUGGGUUCUCGGCCAUAGUAAAUUUUUUUUUUUGUGAGUCAGGGGACCUUGCCAAAGAUGA